GAUGCGGGGACCUCGCCGGGGAUUUCUCAAGAGCCCAGUGGUCCAAGGUAGAGAACCCCCUCCGACCCGAGGAGACGUCAGGGCAACAGUGACGAUGCUCCUGCCUCUGGUAAUCCUGCAGCUGCUCUUGGCCCCAGCGCUCUCGGUGCCUGGCGUGGAUCACUGGGACUCGUGGGGUCCUUACGGAGAAUGCAGUCGCAGCUGUGGCAGCGGUGUGACCAUGAGAACCAGACGUUGUAUCACUCACAGGACUGAUGGUGGACACAACUGUGUUGGACCAGAUAAGUCCUACCGCUCCUGCAACAUCCAGGACUGUCCAGAGGGAUCGAGGGAUUUCCGUGAGGAGCAGUGCUCCCAGUUUGAUGGGACUGACUUCCAGGGGAAACACUACAAGUGGCUCCCGUAUUAUGGAGCUGAGAACCCCUGUGAGCUGAACUGCAUGCCAAGAGGAGAAAACUUUUACUAUCGUCACCGCAGCGCCGUGGUCGACGGUACACCCUGUCACCCAGGGCGGAGGGAUGUUUGUGUGGACGGAGUCUGCAAGCGCCUGGGCUGUGACAACAUGUUGGAGUCUCAUCAGCAGGAGGACCCCUGUCUGCAGUGUGGGGGCAACGGCCAGUCCUGCCACAGCGUCAAGAACAGCUUUACCGUGCGCGACCUGCCGACCGGCUACAACCAGAUGUUCAUCAUCCCUGUUGGGGCCACCACCAUCAGCAUCAGAGAAACAGUGGCUACACGCAACUACCUUGCUAUCAAGAACCUGCGUGGCGAGUACUACCUCAAUGGCCACUGGGUAAUCGAGUUCUCCAGGGCAACGCCCAUCGCUGGCACCAUGCUGUACUACCAGCGAGGUGCUGAGGGUGACAACGUCCCUGAAACCAUCAUCGGCCGCGGCCCCACCACUGAACCCCUUGUUGUCGAGCUGAUCAGCCAGGAGCCAAACCAGGGGGUGGAGUAUGAAUUUUACCUCCCAAAGGGACGCUCCAGAGAGGGCUACUAUUGGAGUUUUGGAUCCUGGUCUGCCUGCAGCAGAGAGUGUGGAUCAGGCUACCAGUCUCGGUUGGUCUUCUGCACCAUUGAUAAUGAGGCCUAUCCCGAUUAUCUCUGUGCAUCUCUGCCAAGGCCACAGACCAACCGUACAUGCAACCCCCAUCCGUGCCCACAAAUCCGCAGCUGGAGAACUGGAGAGUGGAAUACCUGCUCGGUCACCUGUGGCGGAGGCUCCCAGCUGCGCAGUGUGGAGUGCGUCUCCCAUGAUGCCUCGGGGCCCCGCGUGGUGGAGGAUGCCAUUUGCGCCGCCUACGCUGAGGCACCUCCGUCUCUGCAGACCUGCAACAUGCACAAGUGCGCGGAGUAUCGUGUGACCAGAUGGAGUGCGUGCUCUGUGACCUGCGGUUCGGGUGAACGGACCAGACAAGUGACCUGUGUGGGCUCAGGUGGGACGAGGCUGGAGGAAACGUCCUGCAGCACGUUGCUCCGCCCGCCCGCCGUCCAGCCCUGCGAGAUCGCCGCCUGCCCGGAACAGAUCAGCUGGCACGUUGGAGAGUGGGGACUGUGUUCUAAGAGCUGUGGCUCUGGUGCUCGAGAGCGCCAGGUGAUCUGCUCAGACCGGGGGAUGAACCUGUACCCGGUGGACCGGUGUAGCGCUCAACCCAAACCCGCCACAGUGGAGCGCUGCAACACACAGCCCUGCUACAGCCCACAGGUUGUCCCCAGCAUCCAGGACCCACGAGGACAUGACAGUAUUCAGGCUGGCUUCCAGCCCUACGUGUCAGCUGAAGCUACAGUCCGCAGGCCGGAGACAGAUCCGACCCAGACGAACGCAGUCCACGACCCUCACAGCUCUGCCCCUGCCCUCCACUGUAGCCAGUCCUAUUAUGGCUGCUGCCCCGAUGGACGCACUUCAGCUGGGGGUCCCCAGGGCCUGGGCUGCCCACAGGCCCCGGCUCCCACCCCUGUCCCGCCAUCCUGCGCUCAGACGAGUUAUGGCUGCUGCCGAGAUGGUGUGACAGCUGCUCAGGGCCCCAACAAGGAGGGCUGUGUGGAGUUUGUGGCCCCUGCACCCACUGUUGCUCCUUCUCUCCCUACUGAGAAUGCAGCACAGUGCCGAACCACCACCUACGGGUGCUGUUAUGACCGCACUACACCCGCAGGAGGACCCAACGGAGAUGGCUGCCCUAACCCACCAAACCACAUUGAGCGCUCGAUCUGCUCCCUGCCUCGUGCUGCCGGCUCCUGCAGCAGCUGGGUAUCGCGCUACCACUACGAUGUCGUCACCUCCAAGUGUGUGCACUUCUGGUACGGAGGUUGCCACGGCAACAGCAACAACUUCAUGACCCGGGCAGACUGCCAGAGUGCGUGUCAGGUGCCUGCGCCGAGCCAGCGGGGCCCGGGGCCGGUUGCUCCCGCUGGAGAGGCAACCUCUAGAGGAGAAUCUACCCCUGGAAGGACCACAUCUGGAAGGGGUACCACAUCUGGAGCAGGCAGCUCAUCUAGAGGAGGGUCUAGAGCAGGGGGAUCCACUUCGGGUGGGUCAACAGGCGGGCAGUCACGCAACAUGGGGAGGAUUUUCACAGUCCAGGGAGGUUCGACCAGCGGCAACAGCAGACAGGCCACAAGCGCUGCCACACAUGCCCACAAUGGUAGAGUCUACCUGCGGGGACGCCGGCCUUCACCUGUCACUGCUGCACAGCACAGCGGCCCAGCUGCGAGUUUGACCCUCGGUGAAGUGACCAUCGAUAAGACUGACCCCUCCACAGUGGAAGCUUUAGUUGGCCAGACAGUUGUGCUGCCCUGCAGAGUCAGCCCGCCGCCAUCCUCCACUGUCAUCGUGGCGUGGAGAAGAGAUGGUGUCCCUCUGUCUACUAACAGGCAUCACCAGCAGCCCAAUGGUUCCCUGUUGGUUGGUCCUCUCAAUAAGUUAGACUCGGGUUGGUUUUUGUGCGUGGCCACUCGGGAACGUGAGCGAGACCACCGCUACAUUUACCUCUCUGUCUCAGAGGGAUCACCUCAGCUGAUUCCUACCCCGCUCCCCAGAGAUGGUCCAUUCCCUCGGUUCAGCAUCGACCGCUCGAGCUCAUCUUUGCUGGAAAUGCGAGCGGGACAAACUGCCAGACUGCCCUGCACGAUUGUCCCUCCCUCAGCUCUGCAGUCUGUCAGCAUUCAGUGGACAAAAGAUGGACAGACCCUCAGUGACUCCAGGUUUACCCAACACUCGGAUGGUACCCUGAUCUUUGGCGCUCUCAAGUCUGACGACUCUGGCGUCUACACAUGCACGGCCUCCAGUCAGCAGCAGCUGGAGCAGAGGCAGCUGCAACUCAGAGUCCAAGCGGACCUGAGGAUCACUACGGCUCCUAAUAACAUCCAGGUGUCUGAGGGCAGCACGGCUCUGCUCCCCUGUGUGGUGUCAGGAAACAACAUCAAUAUCGGCUGGUCCAGAAAUGGUGUUCCGGUGCGUCCAGAUGGUCGUAACAUCCUGACCUCAUCUGAUGGCAGCCUGAUCCUAAACAAUGUAAAGCCCUCAGAUGAGGGCACCUACACCUGUAAUGCGUACACUGGCAUCUACUCUGUGAGCGCCACGGCCGAAGUGAGGGUCAUCAAAGACACACAACAAGGUUUUGAUGUGCCGCCAGAAUGCGUGGACCAGCCUGAGCUUGCCAACUGCGAGCUGAUAGUUUACGCCCGACUCUGCUCCAACUCCUACUACUCCAGUUUCUGCUGCGCCAGCUGUGCCAGGCACUCACAGAGAAACGACAGGUUUGGUCAGCUGGGCUAAGGCCGCGGAGGGGUUUAAAAACUAUGGGGCAGGCGGUUUGCGUUAUGGACGACAAGCAUUUUUAAAACCCCAACUUUCAACUCUGAACCGCUGCAUUUGCCAAAAGGACUUAAAAAAAACCCCACUCAUAUCUGACCAGAUUGUCAUAAUUCAAGGAUGCAAUAUAAAAGGGACUGAUUACUGUAGGUGUAGGUAAAUCUGUGAACUAGGAGUCGUUCUGCAGUGAGUUCUUUGUUCAGGGAGUCUGUGCCUUAAAAUGUUUGUACCAUUUAAUGUUGUAAAGUCUGUUGAAUGUAAUGAGGCAGAACUCAGACCUUCUCUUUCGUUCUUCUCUGUCACAUUUUUGAAAUUAAGUUAUUACUCACUGGACCUACUGUACACGUUCUCUGUUUUUUAGAGAAUCAUAUGGCUUUUUCUUUGAGGUCAUUAAAAGGAUUUAACAUAUUGUGAAACUACUCCAUAUCUGCUGUAGUUUUGGCUUCUAUUUUUUUAAGCAAUAUUUUGACACUUCAUUGAUUCUGUUGCUGAUUCUGUGACGUACAUGGAGCUCCUACCAGACUGUGUUUAUUUUUA